AUGGUCCUUCACAAGGGAGAAAUAGCUGAAAUGAGAACUGGAGAAGGAAAGACACGGGUUUCUAUUUUGCCAGCUUAUCUCAAUGCAUUAACUGGGAAAGGAGUUCAUGUUGUCAGUACUGUCAAUGAUUAUCUAGCUCGGCGAGACUGUGAGUGGGUUGGCCAAGUACCUCGGUUUCUUGGAUUGAAGGUUGGCCUAAUCCAACAGAAUAUGACAAGUGAACAAAGGAGGGAAAAUUACUUGUGCGACAUCACAUAUGUGACUAAUAGUGAGCUCGGAUUUGACUAUUUGAGAGAUAAUCUUGCCACGACUGUUGAUGAGCUUGUCCUGAGGGGUUUCAAUUACUGUGAAAUUGAUGAGGUUGACUCCAUCCUUAUUGAUGAAGCAAGGACUCCUCUUAUCAUAUCAGGGCCUGCUGAAAAACCAAGAGACCGGUACUAUAAAGCCGCUAAGAUAGCUGCUGCCUUUGAGCAAGAUAUACAUUACACAGUUGAUGAGAAGCAGAAAACCAUUCUACUCACAGAACAGGGUUAUGCUGAUGCUGAGGACAUUCUAGAUGUCAAAGAUUUGUGUGAUCCCCGUGAACAAUGGGCCUCCUAUGUCCUGAAUGCAAUAAAAGCAAAAUAA